AUGAGUAUGAUUGGUGAGUUGACAUACUUUCUAGGCUUUCAAGUCCAGCAAUCCACAAAAGGUAUUUUUGUGUCCCAACCAAAGUACACCAAAGAUUUUGUGAAAAGAUUCGGUUUGGAUGGAAAAAGUCAUGCUCGCACACCCAUGAGCACGAGUGUUAAGCUAAGUGCAAACAUGCCUGGGAAAUCUAUUGAACAAUCUUUGUACAGAAGCAUGAUAGGUUGUCUUCUCUAUCUUACAGCUAGUCGGCCCGAUAUAUCUUUUAGUGUGGGUGUACGUGCUAGAUUUCAAGCUAAUCCCAAGGAAUCCCAUAUGACAGUUGUUAAACGGAUCCUCACAUAUGUAAAUGGCACUGUCAAUUUUGGCAUUUGUUUUUCUAACAAUACAAAUCUUGAGCUUGUAGGUUAUUCGGAUGCUAACUGGGCCGGAAAUGCGGAUGAUCGAAAGAGUACAUCUGGUGAUUGUUUUUAUGUGGGUACAAACUUGGUCACCUAG